AUGUCCAAAACCCGAGGAGCUAAGUCCUCGUCCCCAUCAACUAGCCUGAGAGUCCCAAGAGAGACCCUUGUCCAAGCUGCCAUAUCCGAGUCUCCGCGGCCACUGGUUGUCCCACCUCCGAUUGAGGAUGCACCUAUGAGUCCUCCUUCGAGGCGCUAUCAGACAAGAAGGUCACUCACCAUGGCCAAGGCGAGCUCUUCCCGAGCUAAAAAGUCAAGUAGUGGUCCCCCAAAGAAGAAGGCCAAGGUAUCAGAGCCAAUUGAUUUAACAGAGCCUGAAUCAGAGCCUCGUCCAUCUCAACCACCUGUCAAAAAGCCUCAACCGUCUCAGCCACCAGCCAAAGCCACACCACGGACUCCCCCUGUUAUUCCACCCAUAUCAGAGUCAUCUCCUUUAUCUGAGCCUAGGAUUGCUAUAUCCAUUAUCGAGUAUAGAGGCCUAUGCCACACUUUCCAGGCAUUGGCCAUUUCUCAGAGCAUCCUCACUCAGCAGAUCACAGCUCUUAGUGCUCAUCAGGAGCAGAUUAUUGCCACUCAGACCCAACAUACUGCCAUCCUAAGGCAGAUUCAACACCAUCUGGGUAUUCUAUCGACUCCUGAGCACCUCAUUCCUAUCCCACCAGAGCCAUCACAGGCUCCUUCUUUCGUACAUCAGAUUAUGCCUCCUAAGGAGCCCACUACAGGAGAGGCAGAGGCAUCCGCCCUGAGCAUUCAGGCCUCUGCAGCUGAGCCAUCAUCUUCACAUCAUCCUCCAGCCACUAUCUGA